GCAAAUAUUUCAAAUUAAAUCUGUUUUGAUUUUGUACUAUUAAUUUCUUCAGAUUGGAAACUAUUUAAUGUGUGUUUAUAAACUGAAAUCAUAUUAUGGCUAAAUUAGGACGAUCAAAUAUUGGCAUUUCGACGUUCUUAGCUUCUGUUCAUCCUGCGGAUACGUGUGGUACAAAUGGACUUCCUCUGACACUUAACUCCAUUGUUGUUUAUGGAAAGUUUCAAAGAUUGAAAACGUUAAGGCACCCAAAUCUUUGUGAAUAUCUUGAUAUUGUUCGUGGGAGGCAUGAGAGGCUUGUCAUCAUCUCAGAGCAUUACAAUGUCAGUUUACAGAGUGCUCUUUUGGAAGGCUAUUUCAGGGAUUUAGAUGUUAUGAAAAGGAUAGCUCAUGAAAUUUUGCUUGGUUUAGCUUAUUUGCAAUCCCAAGAUAUUGUGCAUAGAUCUUUGUCUCUAGACAAUAUCUUGUUGGAUUCAACGGGUAAAAUAAAGCUCUCUCAAUAUGGACGCUAUUACAUGACGGAUUGUGGUACUGCUGUCGAUUUUCCUAUAGGAUCCCCGCGGUAUCUCCCUCCAGAAACAUUGCUACAAAUUCCACGAUUUUCAUCAUUAGCAUCGAGCUCAAAGGUUGAUACGUGGUCUCUUGGGAUUAUUUUUACAGAAUUAUUUAUGGGAAAAGAGAUCUGGAAGGAUUUUCGCGACGUGUGGGAUGUUAAAGAGAUCAUAAAAAAGACGUUUUCGUUAAUGAUAAAAUCUAAAGAGACAAAUAAAAGUUUUCUAUAUUUGUUGUUAAAUGACAAUGGCUCCAUCGACAUAUUAGAAAUGAUGCCCGCGGAUUUACGCUCGUUUAUUGAGUCUUGUCUCACCAUAAAACAUUCAGAAAGACCGGAUCCAAUGAAGCUUCUGGAUCAUCCAUUGUUUGAGGAUAUUAAAACUGUUGAAGAGCUUUGUGGUAUCUAUGAUAAUGAUGGAUUCUUGGGAGUAUUUCGCUCGAGAGACCUUGAACUUCCCGUUCACUUGAAUGAGGAAAAGAUUUCUGACGAUCUACUUCAAGAAAGAUCCCUUCAAGAGGUUUAUCAUUUAUGGACUUUGGCUGGCGGUGAUGUUGUUGCUGAACUGAAAAAACACAAUCUUAUAAAAAGCACACCACCAGUAUGCAGUAUGCCCAAUGUAAUUUUACAAGGAGGCGAUAAGCUAGGCGUGAAUAGAGACAGAAAUUUGUUAUUUGAUGAAAGCGUCAUUACUUUAUCUUUGGAAAGAGUUAAAGAGAAACUAUUUCGUGUUGAGCAAACGGCAUAUUUUCCUCUACUUGUCGAAAAAGACCCUUGUGAAUUUGAUUCCUGUGAAAUGAAAAGUUUACCGGUUGUCAUCCGCGAACGUGAUGUUGAGUAUCAGUUUCGGCGAAUUGUUUUGUUCCAAAGACUUCUUGAAGGCUACCCGUAUACUCGAGAUAAGAUACUGAAGGAAGCAAGAAUCGAUAUUCCACCUUUUUUACGAGCUAAAGUGUGGGCUGCUUUAUUGAAUGUUACGGGUGAUGUGCAACGAAAUUAUGACAUAAUUGAUAAAGAAUCUGUCACUCCAACUGAUAGACAGAUAGAUGUAGAUAUCCCUCGUUGUCAUCAGUACUGUGAACUGUUAGCAUCGCCUACAGCUCAUCGAAAAUUCAAACGAGUGCUUAAAGCUUGGAUUGUAUCAAAUCCUGGUUUAGUUUAUUGGCAAGGCUUGGAUUCCCUUUGUGCCCCGUUUUUGUCUUUGAGUUUCAGUGACGAAGCUUUGGCUUACAACUGCUUGAUAUCUUUCAUUCCUAAGUAUUUGUAUAAUUUUUUCCUCAAGGACAAUUCUCUAGUAAUCCAAGAAUACCUAGCUGUGUUCUGUCAUUUGAUUGCCUUUCACGAUCCUGAACUGUUCAAUCAUUUGGAUGAAAUUGGAUUUCAACCAGAGCUCUACGCAAUUCCAUGGUUUUUGACUAUGUUUACACAUGUAUUCCCUCUUCACAAAAUCUAUCUUCUAUGGGAUACAUUACUUCUUGGCAAUUCCUCGUUUCCUUUAUAUAUCGGUGUUGCUAUCUUACAACAAUUACGUGCUCAACUUCUUACUUAUGGCUUUAACGAAUGUAUUUUGCUGUUCUCAGACAUGCCUGAGGUUGACAUUGAACGUUGUGUGCAGGAUUCUAUCAAGAUAUUUGAGUCAACUCCCAAGAGUGUGGCAGCUCGUCAACAUGAAAAUAUUCCUUUGUCAAAGCACAAUAACCGAACGGAGAAAGAAUUUCUACCUGUGCAGCAAAUAAAAUCUGAGAAAUGUCCCCGGAUAUCUCUGCAAGAUAUGCUUCAUAUACUGGACAUUCGACUUCAAAAUAAAACAGAUUCCUCAGCAAAACGCUCAAACAAAGUAUCAUUAAAAUCUUGGGGAAUAGUAGUUGACAUAAGACCUCCUGAAGAUUAUCAAAAAGGUCAUCUACCUGGAAGCAUCAAUAUGCCUUCCAAUCAAACGUUUUCGGAAAAUGGAACAUUAAUUCCUGGCGAGAAUUCUAACACGCUGCAAGUGUCUAAGGGAAAGAUUAUAAUUGUUGUUGGAGGACGAGCAAACAACUGUCCUAAGUUCGCUGCUGAGCUGCUUAAAUCGAAUAUUCAAAGAGUAUGUGUUUUGGAUGCUGGUGGAAUGGUAACGAUGCGAACCAAUGGUUUGAUGACAGUCCGCUCUGUCUAGCUGUCUGUGUUUAUACCUGCCUGCCUGCCUGCCUGCCGAGUUAUUUGAAGCACCUGUUUAAAAUUGGUCCAACUUACGAGUCUUAUGCUGAGCACAAUUGUCAAUGUUUCAUGGAGUUGCUAUGAAUUGAAUGCUCGAAAAGAUGAUUCUAUAUAAUCUUAGAAAGUUGACUCAAGAAUUUAAACUAGGCCUUCAUGCCUAUUUAUUGAAAUUUGCUCACUUCUCGACAAGGACACAAUUCACAAAAUUUUGUCAUUUAUACUUAUUGUUGCAUCUGUUAAAGAAUGAAUGCAUGAUCAAUUUUGAAUAAAUGCGUGAUCAUUUUUGUUGUGUGGACAAAAAUGAAAAUUUUGCAGGAACAAUUAAAGAUUAGCAAAGUUGACACAAAUAAUUCAAAAUUAUAAAUUUCUCAAUGAAUUUAUUUAUCAUUUCAACGAUAUGUAUAUGUGCUAAAAUGCCCAUCAAUAAUUGAAUUUUCGUCAUUUACUAUGAUUAUUUAUUGAGUACUAAUCUAAUGUAAUUUAAUUAGUAAUUAAAAUUGUCAGAGUUCAAAUCAAGAAGAAAAUAAAAUUUCAUUGUGUGUUAA